UGCAUUGUGAAAAUACGCGCAAUUCGGUCGAAGUCCUCGCUCACCAUGGCAUAUAGAUAGUAGUCCUUGCAUGUCGUUAGCUAUGCUUUCUGCGCAAUUCAAAGGCGCAGCCACUCACCGUGAACAAUGAGGUCCAUACUGUUGCGACAAUGAACACCGUCGAUGAGCGAUAUCGUAAAAGCCAAGGAGGGCGUUUACACCCUCCGGGAAUCAGAGAUGUCAUUUUGUGGAUGCCGAAGGUGUCCCUGGUGGAUGUUCGGGAGUGACGUUCCAACAAUCUCGGGGGUGGAGAAAGAGAAGAGGCUGCGACUCUUUUUUUUUUUUUUUUUCUCUUCAAUGUUUUCUCAUCCCCGCAGCGUUGUUCCAACCCUCUUCUGGACCCCGACACAAUAGUGAAUCGCAGAACAAACUCCCAUUUCGCAUCCCACCAAAGGAA